AAAGCUGAGGGUAAGAGAGGAAAAGAGGCAGGGAGGGAGCAGUAGAGGGAGGAACAGAAGGGUGUGUUCAUGUAUGCACCACCCUCUUCCAUCACAGGAGUGAUAGUGAGACCUUCUCCCUCUCCCUCGCUCUCUCUCUCUCUCUCUCUCUCUCUUUCUCUCUCUCGCUCUCGCUCUCUCUUACUUGUGCACACACACGCGCACUAUUGAAAAGUUAGAGCAAAGUCUCUCAUCUCUGACAGGCUAGCAGCCACCCACUGCACGCUCCCCUGAGGGCACUGGACCCCCAACUCCCUCCCUCUCUCUCUCAGUCACUCGCUCACACUUUUACUCACUCCCUCACUCAUACUCUUAUUCAUUCAAUCAGUCCAAAUCCUCAGCAGCUUCACUUGUCAGAUAGAAGGUACAGGAAUACAGGAAUCAGUUACAGUCUCACCUCAGCCAGCAUGUGGAUUCUACUGUUUGGACUCACCUCUGGAUUGGUGGCCUCAUCUUGGGCAAACUCUGUUCAAGAUGUGACAUUACGAGGCUGCAGUUAUGUGGGAGUAUUUCAUAUUCAAGGUUUGGAUCGAUACACUUUGAAAUUUGAUGAAGCCAAGGAACUAUGUGAAGCGCUGGGAACAACUUUGGCCAGUGUGGAGCAGUUGACUGCUGCCUAUGACAAGGGUUAUGAGAGCUGCAGGUAUGGCUGGGUCAGCAAUGGAAACGCCGCCAUUCCACGCCAGGAGCCAAACAGCCUGUGUGCAUUGAACCAGACCGGCGUCAUCACUAUUGUACCUACAGAUAUAGACCCCUAUGAUGCCUACUGCUAUAAUAAGUCAGAUCUGUUGGUCGGAAACUGCGAAAAUGAAAUAAAAUAUCUGCAGAAUGGACCUCGGUCUGCUGAGAACAAUGAAAGCCAAGAUUUGAACCACACCAUGAGUCCAACUAGCCCCUCUAUUCCAGUGACUUCAGUGGAGAUACAGACCGAUAGCACAGUUAAUGAUGUAACUGAACCGACACAUGGCAUAGAGAAGACAGAUUUCUCUCCAAUCAACAAUCAAUAUACGCAAGAUGUAUCUAGCACACAGCCUUCCAUCACGAAUACUGAAAGAGAAGAGGAAGGUCUGAUGACUAGCACUGGGAGUUAUAUUAAAAAUGAAAAUGCUGCCGAUCAGUCUAACACGUCCAUAGUCCAAGACGCUAAUGGGUCAGGAAUGGGAGAGACAACAAACAUCAUUUCAAAUGAUUCUAACAAUGAAGACACAAGACUAGAGGGUCAUGAUACAACUGCUGAGGAUGGUUUCAAGACUCAAACUGCGGAGACCGCUGUAGGUGAGCCAGUGAAUGAAGACCACACUAAACAUUCGAGAGGGCGGAUGGGACCAGGCCAGUCUACACCACCUGAAGAGCAGAACGACAGUAAAAGUGAUUGGUUGGUCAUCCUGCUUGUCGUUGUGGUCGUUGUUUUGCUUGUUCUUGUAGCAAUUGCUGUGGCAACAAGUAACAGGUGGUGUGGGAGGAGACGGACACUUAUAAUCACCACUAAGAGCAGCAUAGAGGGCAACGGUACAGCAGCAUCAACAGCAACCCCAGAGGCUCAAGAGAGAGAGCAGGAGAUGGUGACACUCAUGAACAAAGAGAAGAUCCAGGAGAACGGCAACACCGAGGAGUUCACUGUGAUCGUUCUGGAGGAGUCACCAGAGAAAAACACACAGGCAUGAAAGACAGAAUGAGAAAGGGUGAGGAUGAGGGGUAGAAGAGUUGGGGAAGUGUGAGAGAGAGUGGUGGGUCAUGGCUUAAGUCUUGACCACACAGAGAGAAGCUGUAAGGCACUAUGGGAACCAGACAGAUAUUCAGAUCCUGUUGGGUGACAAAGUGUAACAUCUGUAAGAGAAUUCUUGUUAUUGUUUUUGUCUUUUAUAUAUAAAAAAAAAUACCCUGAUGGUAAGGAAUCUUCGAUAAUUGUCAUGCGGCUUCAAAAGAAGCAUCACAACAAAGUGUUAUAUUUUAGACAAAGGGGGAAAAAAUAAGAUUUUUCUGCAUGCCAUGGAGACAUCCUAAAUUUCAACUUUUCUAGUUUCAUUUUAAUUUUCACAGCGAGAAACCUGCCGUUUAAUAUAGAACAAAUGACAAUAUCACUUUGCACUGAUUUCAGCUUUCCCUUCUGGAAAAAAAGCUUCUCAGCCUCACAGAUUCUACACUACAAUACAUAAUAUUAAGGGUGAAAUUAAGCUGGCAGAAAACCAAAUUUUUCUAUCUUAAUAAAAUUGUUACAUAGAAAUUGUACUGCUUACCAGGUCAUGUCUCCCAACUUCCCCAUCCCGAGCCUGUUUACUGCUAAAGCUUCUUACCACAGUUCAGAUGCAUUUAUCAUCUCCUAGUGCUAGUAAUUAGAUGUACAAGUGGAAUAGCUUCAAGUUUAUCUAAAAACCUUUUCACAGUGAUAAUGCAUAUUUAUUUAAACAGGAUUUGUGGAAAAAAGUUCAACUUUUUUAGAAUUUUGUGUUGUGCUGUGUGGUUAUGGCAGAUAAUAGGUUUGUAAUGAGGAAAACAAAGAAAGCUGUUUAAAUAAGGAUCAAUAAAGUCCAUGCACAAAGUCAUCAUAGUGCUACAAUUUUCUCUUUAGAGGAUUUGACAUUAAAGUGGACGAACAAAUAAAGAAAAAUACUGAGGCAGAGAUGCAGAUACAUUUUUUAAAUCUUUUUAAAAAUGUAUUUUUUUUUUUUACUUUCUUUUUGGCCUUGUGCAAAUUUGACAUUUUUUUCCCUGGAAAAUGAGAUUUGUGUUUUUUGUUUGUUUGUUGGUUGAUUGCAUUUUUUCCAUUUAACUUAUCCUUUUUGUAUAUACCACUAUGCUUGUUUAUUACUGUGUUCAACAUGAGAUUCGAAUAGUCAGACUGCUAUAUCCAUGUCUAUUGUCAGUGUAAGUAAAAAUCCAUUUGCACCUUUACUGAUGAUGUAAUACAACACAUUAACUUGAUACCGGUGUUUUAAUAUUUUUGAUCUCCAAAAGUCUAUCAAAGAACAUGGAACCAGAAAAGCUAUUAAAAAAUGAUAUAUCAUUACUCUUUAGCUGUUUAUGUAUAUGCAAUUUACAUAUAUUUUCCCUCAUGACACUUUGGCUAUAAUAAGCCAGUAAUACAGUGUACCCACAUCACCAGUGAUGCAGUUAUUUAUUUUAAAAUGGAAAAAAAGCUUAAAUGAUGUCUCUUAAUGUUCAUACUUUGCACCUUACAUUGCCUCCAAAAGCUUGAAACAUAUGUAUAUAUAGGCAUACAGUACAUAAGCUUCCUCCUUAUACAUACAUUUCAGUUUCAUAUUUCUGCUUUUUUCUCUUUCGUUAAUGAUGGCAUCUACUCUUGAACGUGUGUUGUUUAAGAAAGAUUAGCAUAUGCAGUAGUGGUAGGAGUGUGUACAUUGAUCAAAUAACAAAUGAUUGUUCAUGAAAAAAAAUAAUAUUGUGAAGUCCAGGAUUCAAUAAAACUGUAUAGAUGUG